AUGAGCAGCGAGCCCGCGCGCGUGCAGACGCGCCUGACCAAGGAGAGCGGCCCCAAGGUGACGGGCGCGGCCAGCGAGGCCAAGAUCGGCGGCCCGUUCACGCUGACGCCCAACCCGCCCUUCGUGGCGGCGCGCGUGGCCGUGUACGACCGCAUCAUGGCCGGCCAGAAGGCGCAGCUCGAGGCGCUGGCCGCCAAGCAGACGCCCAUCAAGAUCACGCUGCCCGACGGCGCCGUGAAGGAGGGCGUGGCCUGGCAGACGACGCCCCUGGACGUGGCGCUCGAGAUCUCGCAGGGCCUGGCCGACCAGGUCGUCGUGGCCCGCGUGACGUACCGCGGCAAGCCCGAGGACCCGUUCAGCGUCACGGCCGCCGACGUGGACGGCAACGAGGCCAGCGACAAGGCCGGCGAGGCCUGCUGCGGCGCCGUGGCCGACUCGUCCGAGCUCUGGGACGUGUUCCGCCCGCUCAUCGGCGACUGCAAGCUCGAGCUGCUCAAGUUCGACGACCAGGAGGGCCGCAUGGUCUUCUGGCACUCGAGCGCGCACAUCCUGGGCGAGAGCCUCGAGACGCUCAAGGGCGCGCACCUGACCAUCGGCCCCCCCGUCGAGGGCGGCUUCUACUACGACUCGUACAUGGGCACCGAGACGGUCCCCGAGAGCGACCUGAGCGUCAUCGAGAAGGCCUGCCAGAAGGUGGUCAAGGACAAGCAGAAGUUCGAGCGCAUCGUGCUCACCAAGGAGGAGGCCCUCGAGAUGUUCGCCGACAACGUCUUCAAGACGCAGAUCAUCUCGACCAAGAUCCCGGACGGCGGCAAGACCACGGCCUACCGCUGCGGCCCGCUCAUCGACCUGUGCCGCGGCCCGCACGUGCCCCACACGGGCAAGAUCAAGGCGCUGGCCGUCACGCGCGCCUCGAGCUCGCACUGGCUGGGCAAGACCACCAACGACACGCUGCAGCGCGUCUACGGUAUCUCGUUCCCGGACAAGAACAAGAUGAAAGAGUGGAAGCACUUCCAGGCUGAGGCCGCCAAGCGCGACCACCGUCGUCUCGGCGUGAGCGAGGAGCUCUUCUUCUUCCACUCGCUGAGCCCCGGCAGCGGCUUCUGGCUGCCGCACGGCUCGGCCAUCUACUUCAAGCUGCUCAAGUUCAUCCGGGAGCAGUACCGCGCGCGCGGAUACACGGAGGUGAUCACGCCUAACAUCUUCAACAUGGAGCUCUGGAACAUCUCGGGCCACGCCAAGCACUACAAGGAGAACAUGUUCGUGUUCGACGUGGAGGGCCAAGAGUACGCGCUCAAGCCCAUGAACUGCCCCGCCGCCUCGCUCAUGUUCGACUUCCGCCAGCGCUCGUACCGUGAGCUGCCCAUCCGUUACGCGGACUGCGGCGUGCUGCACCGCAACGAGCUGAGCGGUGCCCUGACGGGUCUGACGCGUGUGCGUCGCUUCCAGCAGGACGAUGCCCAUAUUUUCUGCCGUGACGACCAGAUCAAGAAGGAGGUGCUGGACUUCCUGUCCUUCAUGAAGUACGUGUACGACGUCUUCGGCAUUGAGUUCAACCUGGAGCUGUCGACGCGCCCCGAGAAGGCCAUGGGCGAGCUGGAUCAGUGGGAGCGUGCUGAGUCGCAGCUCGCCGAGGCUCUGGACGAGUUCGUGGGUGCCGGCAAGUGGGUGGUCAACCCCGGUGACGGCGCUUUCUACGGCCCCAAGAUCGACAUCAUGAUCACGGAUGCGCUAAAGCGCCAGCACCAGUGCGCCACGGUGCAGCUCGACUUCCAGCUGCCCAUCCGCUUCAACCUGAAGUACCGCACGGACGACGCGGACAACUUCAAGCGCCCGGUGAUUAUCCACCGUGCCAUCUACGGCUCGCUGGAGCGAUUUGUCGCCGUGCUGGUGGAGCACUACGCCGGCAAGUUCCCCUUCUGGCUGUCGCCCCGCCAGGUCCUCAUCGUCACGGUGGGCGCUGCCUUCGUGGACUACGGUUACGAGGUCAAGGACGCUAUGUUCCGCGCCGGCUUCGACGUGGACAUCGAUGACACGGGCAAGACGCUGAACAAGAAGAUCCGCGAGGGCCAGAUGGCUCACUACAACUUCAUCCUUGUGGUGGGCGCCCACGAGAAGGAGACACGCUCGGUGAACAUCCGCACGCGCGACAACAAGGUGACGGGUACCAAGACCCUCGAGGAGGCCAUCGCCAUGUUCAAGGAGCUGGAGGAGACCAAGGCUGCCGACGAGUAAACUAUGCGCAUGGUAGAGCAGGUGGGUGGCCCGCAGGUCCCUCCUCUUUUAGAUUGACCCUCUCAACGGUAGCGUUUGUUUUCAUUUGCAGUCUUUAGCUUCCUAAAAGUCAUACAGUCGUGAGAGGUUCGUUCAUGC